AUGGCCUACGACCGCUAUGUAGCUACCUGUGACCCGCUGCACUAUGGCCUCAUCCUGAAUGGGAGGCUCUGUGUCAGACUGGUGGUGGGCUCAUGGGUGGCUGUCAUCCCAGUACAACACUAUGGGUCCCUCCUGGGCAGCAGAGCUUGUGUCCACAUGGCAGCAGCUGCCUGGGGCAGUGGCUUUCUCAAUGCUCUCCUGCACACGGCCAAUACAUUUUCAAUACCCCUCUGCCAAGGCAAUGCCCUAGACCAGUUCUUCUGUGAAAUCCCCCAGAUCCUCAAGCUCUCCUGCUCAGACUCAGACUACCUCAGGGAAGUUGGGCUUCUUGCUUUUAGUAACUUUUUUUCUUUUGCCUGUUUUGUUUUCAUUGUGGUGUCCUAUGUGCAGAUCUUCAGGGCUGUGCUGAGGAUCCCCUCUGAGCAGGGACGGCACAAAACCUUUUCCACGUGCCUCCCUCAUCUGAUCGUUAUCUCCCUGUUUAUCAGCACUGGUGUGUUUUCCUACCUGAAGCCCUCCUCCAUCUCCUCCCCACAUCUAGACCUAGUGGUGUCAUUUCUGUACUCCGUGGUGCCUCCAGACUUGCUUUUCAAGGCCCAGGAGAGUGUUCAGGGCAGUGGCAUGGGGCACAGGCUCGCUCAAGGAUAG